CACUAAAUUUGUGGCAGAAGAUGAUCUGAUAGUCAUAGCUGAAAAAGCACGCCAUUUUAUUUGACAUUUUCAUCAAUAGACUCCUUCGACGAAUGACUUUUACAAAUUAAUUUCAUUCAAUAGUAGAGAGAGAGAGAGAGAGAGAGAGAGAGAGAGAGAGAGAGAGAGAGAGAGAUUGGAAAUGAAGCAGUUUGAAGAAGAAUAAUCUCUAGCAGCAGCAGCAGCAGCAGCUUCACACCCAGCGAUCGAGCGCCUAAUUUGUUCCAUCCAUCAGCGGUCAGCGGUCAGCGGCGGGUAGUGUGUACUUAUCCAAAGUUGGGAGUGGAGCACUGGAGCCUUCCCAAAUUAAUUUAUAAGUAGGUGAAUAGAUUAGAUGGAGUGUCUCAACCUGCUGCACAUGGACAUGGAUCAACAUUGGAUCUCAUCAACUCUCAACCUCCAAUCCACACAACAACAACAACAACAACAACAACAACAAGCGACGACAAUAUCGAUGGAAACCUCAUUAUUGGAUCAUCAAUUUCUCAACAACAAUAAAGAAGAAGAUGAACAAGAUCUUCAGCGGCAGCUUCCUUGUGAGAUUGUAGAGGAAAUCCUGUUGCAGCUGCCGGUGAAGUCGCUGCUUCGCUUCAGAUGCGUAUGCAAGCCAUGGCUUGCUCUCAUCUCCGACCCAAAAUUCAUCAAGUCACACCUCCACAACCACUCUACAAAACAAGAUGAGGGUGAUGAUGAUGGUAAAACUAGAUCAUCAAAAGCACUAGUCAUGCUCUCCUCCUCCUUGUCCAUCCUUAAGUCGGUACAUGUACAAGUACUCGAUACUAGAAUUGAAGCCGGAUCAACAGAGGCAGAUGCAGCUGGAGCAGCUCGCACAACUAGUACUAGAGUAGUAGUCGUGGAGGAGGUACAUGAGUCCCCGAUGAGGCACCAGGCAGUUCAAGACAUGAAGAUUGUUGGAUCUUGUAAUGGCCUCUUAUGUUUGGUGCUUGACUCUCAAGAUAUGAUGAUUUAUAAUCCAUCCACCAGGCAACUUCAACCAGUACCACCUCCACCUCCACCUCCACCUCCAACCAAUAAUUAUUAUUCGGGUAAGGACUACUUCUAUGGCUUUGGCUACGAUUCCAGCAACGACGAUUACAAAAUCGUGAGGGCCUCUUGUUCCAGUAGGAAUGGCAAUUUCGCCACCCACCUUGACAUGUAUAAUUUGAACACCAAUUCAUGGAGAGCUGCCAUCAAAACCCUCCCUUGUUACUUUCUGUCUAAUGUGGUGGGCACCCUAUUGAACGGGGCUCUCCACUGGGUCGUCCGGCUUGCUGCUGCUGAGAGGCCUUUCUCAAUCGUUUCUUUUGAUGUAACGGAGGAGACGUACCGAUACGUGCCCCUGCCAGGCGAGGGCGACAAGAACUUCUCCUUCUAUGGUUUGGGGGUUUUGGGAGGAUGCCUGAGUAUGCUUUACAGCCCCCAUGGCUCGGAUUAUGAGGUGUGGUUGAUGAAUGAAUACGGGGUGAAGGCGUCUUGGACUAUUUUCACAACCAUUCCGCAGAAGAUGGAGUCUGAAUACCUGGGAUUGAUGUCGCUUGUGCGUAUCUUAAACAACGGUGAAAUUGUAAUCCUGUUGCAUCAAAGGAAGCUAGUCAUCUACAAUCCGGGGCACAGAACACUUCGAACCAUACUCUCCGGGGAUAUUCAUUCUUCUCAACUGGCUUUAUACCUGGAGACUCUAGUUUCGCCCUCUGCCGCUCCCACCAUCAAAACAUACUCAUCAUCAAUCACUCCACUACUCAAUCAAGCUAAAGCUAAAGCUAAAGCUAGCCCCUGAUGAGGAAUUACUUUAUUAUAUAUAUAUAUCAAUAAUCACAGCAAUUACUUGUUACUCCGAUAAUUGUAAUUAUACAUGACCUCUAUUCUGUUAUGUUAUAUCAUAUAUCAUGUAUCUCUUCUUCACUUAAUCAUGAUGAGUUUGAUUUCAUUUUAUAUUACAGACCUUUCCAGUUACC